AUGACGAAAGCAUGUGUCGCGACACGAAAAGGGGGCGAGUUCAAAAUAAUUGAGGUUCCGCACCCAGCGCCAAAAGCAGGUGAAGUUAGCAUUCGGAAUAAAGCAGUUGCUUUGAAUCCCGUCGACUGGAAGAAGCUAGAGUACGGUAUACUAGUCGACAGUUUCCCUGCCGUCUUCGGCGCGGACAUCGCGGGUGUCGUGGAGGCUGUCGGUGAAGGCGUCGAUGUCUUCAAGCCGGGCGAUGAAGUCUUCAGCCUAGCUGGUCAUGAGAACCGUGCUGGUGGAUUCCAGGAGGUUUCGACAGUGCCUGCACAUUUCGUUGCGCACAAGCCGCCUUCGUGGACUUUUGAAGAAGCAGCGUCCCUUCCUAUUCUCGUUAUUGGCGGUAGUUCUGGCGUCGGUGCUUCAGCAAUUCAGCUUCUCCGGUUGGCUGUACCUUCUAUCCAGAUCAUAACAACAGCUUCACUGAGCCACCACUCACAGCUCAUCUCUCUUGGUGCAACGACUUGUGUAGAUCGCACCACUCCUGACAUCGUCGGAGCCGUCAGGGCGGCCUCUACUGGAGGGUUAGGAGUUGACGCUAUCUUGGACGCGGUUGGAGGAGCCGUCAGUCUCCCGGAAGGGGUCGAGGCCACCACAUCUUCUGGGCGUCAGACUUUCGAGGUUUCCGGGGGCAGGUCAGCUAUGUCUGCCUUGGCAAAGUUGGCAGAGGACGGUAAGUUUAAGGCUCCGUUGAAGAUAGAGGUUGUUGGGAAUGGUCUCGAAAGCAUCGGCGGUGGGCUUGAGAAAUUGAAAAUGGGCGUGAGUAGGAAGAAGCUUGUCGUUUCACUAUAG